AUGAACGCCUCAAUCUCCAUCCCGGACCGCCUCCCCGUCCUUCCCCUCCCCUACCCGCUCGUCCUCCACCCGAACCUUCUCCUCUCCAUCAACAUCUCCUACGCACACUCCCUCAGCCUCCUCAAGGCCGCUCUCCAGUUCUCGGCCUCGCUCUCCGACUCGGCCACCCCCGCAAACUCGGACGACGGCUCAAAGAACAACACAAACAGACGCCCACCACGCUCCCGCCCCUCGGCCACCUCGUCCCUCUCCGACUCGUCCAGGCCCAUCAUCAUCGCCUGCGUACCCACCGUCCGCGCCCCGCGCGGAACCCACUCGGCCGCAAAAAACGCCACAAAGACCACCGCACCCGCACUGCCCCCCACCACACCAUCACCGCCAAACGAUCGCUCCAACAGCCCCAACCCCAACCCCAACCACGACGACCUCGACACCCGCGUAAAGAUCAACGACCUCUUCGACUGGGGCUGCGCCGCACGCCUCAUGCGCCUCACCCGCAACCCGCACAACCAGACCUGCACCCUCGUCGUGUCCGGCCUCACCCGCGUACGCAUCGACCGCUGGCUCUCGGUCCGCGCCCCCCUCACCGCCACCUCGCUCGACCCAAAGAGCAACCUCGCAAUCCCAGACGUUCCCGUACCCCUCGCCGCCACCACCCCCUUUGUCGACGACGACGCCUGGCCCACCUUCCCCGAGGCCGCCCCCGGAGACAUUGACCUCGUCACCCGCCUCAAAAAGGUCUCGAUCGAGCUCAUCGACGCCAUCGCACUCCUCGCCGUCCCGUCCAGCGCAACAGACACGCCCGGCAGCCCAGCAGAUCCGCAGCACCAGGACCCCAGCCCCAUGGUCGGGCCCGGCCUGCCCCUCAUGCCCGCCAGCCUGCUCAAGAAGCUACGCACCUUUGUCCGCGACUGCCGCGAGUCCCAGGCCGGGCUUCUCGCCGACGUCAUCAUGGGCACCCUCGGCGGCGCCUGCGAGUGGUCCGAGCGCGUCGGCGUCCUCGGCGACUGGGAUCAGAAGGAGCGCGUGCGCCACACGACCGACGUCGUCGCAGAGGGCGCCAAGCGCGUCCGGCUCGCCCGCGAGCUCCUCGUCGCCCUCGCCUCGCCCCUCAACGCCAGCAACAAGGAGGCCGUCAUCCGAUCCCAGCUCGAGGCCCUCCUGACCCAGCUCGCCGCCCUCAACCAGGGCGUCGCGGCCAAGAUCGCAUCGGCCGGCUUCGACGGCACCGACGGCGGCAACGGCAACGGCAACGGCAGCGCCCCGGGCAAGCUCGGCAACGGCAUCAUCACCAUCCGAGGACCCUUGCCACGUCGGAGCAGCGGCGGCGACGUGGCCCCACCCCGCGGCGGUGGCAGCAGCCCUGGCGACCGUCGCAACCCCUUUUCGCCGCGUGGAGGUCCCGGCGCGCCCGCCUCGAGCGGCAACGACGAGGACGAGGACGAGGUGGCCGAGCUGGCCAAGAAGCUCGAAGAGACCCGCCUGAGCCCCGAAGCGCGCAAGGCGUGCGACAAGGAGCUCAAGCGCCUCGCCCGCAUCCCGCCCCAGAGCGUCGAGCGCGGCGUCGUCAUCACCUACCUCGAGAUUAUGGCCGAGCUGCCGUGGGAAAAGAUUACGGCCGAUCUGCCGGCGCCGCCGACCAAGGCCGCCGCCGCCGGCGGUGCUGCUGCCCAUGCCGCUGCCGAUGCGCAGAAGCCCAACGAGGGCAUCGUCGAGCGCGCCCGCCGCAUCCUCGACGAGGAUCACUUUGGCCUCGAAAAGGUCAAGAAGCGCCUCGUCGAGUACCUGGCCGUCCUCGAGCUCAAGACCGAGCAGGCGCAGGAGCGCGACGUCGCCGAUGCAUCGGCCGCCUUUGACGGCGACGAGUCGGUCGACCGGAACGGUGGCGCCGACGACGGCGACGACGCGGCGGCUGCGGACGCCGAGCGCGAGGCCGAGGCGCUGCGCCGGCGCAACGACAAGCUGCGCGUCGGCGACAAGGGCCCCAUCCUGCUGCUGGUGGGCCCGCCGGGCACGGGCAAGACGUCGAUUGCCAAGUCGCUGGCGUCGGCGCUCCAGCGGCCGUUUACGCGCCUGUCGCUCGGAGGCGUGCGCGACGAGGCCGAGAUCCGCGGCCACCGCAGGACGUACGUGGGCGCCAUGCCCGGCUCGAUUGUGUCGUCGCUGCGCAAGGUGGGCGUGUCGGACCCCGUUAUCCUACUCGACGAGGUUGACAAGCUGGGCAGCGGCAACGGCCUCCACGGCGACCCGAUGGCGGCCAUGCUCGAGGUGCUCGACCCGGAGCAGAACCACACCUUCAGCGAUCACUACGUCAACGUGCCCAUCGACCUGAGCCGCGUCCUGUUCAUCGCCACGGCCAACACGCUCGACACGAUCUCGCCGCCGCUGCUCGACCGCACCGAGGUGAUCCACAUCUCGGGCUACACGCACGACGAAAAGACGGCCAUCGCGCGCCAGUACCUGCUGCCCAAGCAGGUCAAGGCGCAGGGCCUGCAACCGGGCGACCUGGUCGUGUCGGACGAGGUGCUGCUCAAGAUUGCCAUGGGCUACACGCGCGAGGCCGGCGUGCGCACCCUCGAGCGCGAGGUGGGCGCCCUGGCGCGCGCCAAGGCCGUCGAGUACGCCCAGGCCAAAAAGGGCGCGCUGCGCGACGACGCGGGCAACGCCGUCGCCUACGACCCCGUCGUCAAGGUCGAGCAGCUGGAAAAGUACUUGGGCCCCGAGACUUUCGAGCCCGAGGUGGCCGAGUCCGAGGCGCGGCGGCCGGGCGUGGCGACGGGCCUGGCCUACCAGGGCUCGGGAUCGGGCGGCAUCCUGCACAUCGAGUCGGUGCUGCUGCCGCCGGGCAGCGGCAACCUCAAGCUGACGGGCUCGCUGGGCGACGUGAUCCGCGAGUCGGCCGAGAUUGCCAUGUCGUGGGUGCGCGCCCACUCGUUCCAGCUGGGCAUCGUCAAGACGCGCGACUCGGAGUUCCCGCGCAACGACGUCCACCUCCACCUGCCCUCGGGCUCGAUCCCAAAGGACGGGCCUUCGGCGGGCGUCGCCAUGACGUGCGCGCUGGUGAGCCUGUUUACCAAGACGCCGCUCUCGCCCUACCUGGCCAUGACGGGCGAGGUGACGCUGCGCGGCGUCGUGAUGCCCGUCGGCGGCAUACGCGAGAAGCUGACGGGCGCGUCGCGCGCCGGGAUCCGCAAGGUGCUGCUGCCGCACCGCAACCGCAAGGACGUCGAGGCCGACCUGCCCAAAAAGGUGCGCGACGAGCUCGACAUCCGCUACGUGCGCACCGUCUGGGAGGCCCUCGAGGCCGCGUUUGGCACGCGCCUGUUUGAGAAUGCCGCCAUGGCCCUCGAGGCCAGCGGCUACAAUGACGAGGGCAUCCGCGAGGGCCGCCGCCUCAUGAGCGAGAUUGUCGACUCGCGCCUCUGA